GAGCAGAGAGAGGGACGUUUCAGCACCAUCAGCCAUAGACAGCAGCCUUGUCCGGGCAGGGGAUGGCCUGCCUGACCGCAGCCUUCAGUGCUGCCUCCAACCUGAAUGCUGGCAUCCCAACCACAAUGUCAGACCCAAAGUCAGUAUGUGUGUCAUUGGAUGAAGUGGUUUCCAACUGCGCCAACAGCCAGGACACCCCACUUCUUAAUGGACAUUUAAAAAAGGUGGACAACCACCUAACGGAGGCUCAGCGCUUCUCCUCUCUGCCCAGGAGGCCUGCCGUGAACAUCGAUUUCAAGGAUCUAUCUUUCUCCAUCCCUGAAGGGCCAUGGUGGAAAAAGAAAGGGUACAAAACUUUGCUCAAGGGGAUCUCAGGAAGGUUCGGCUGUGGAGAGCUUGCAGCCAUAAUGGGCCCCUCGGGGGCGGGGAAGUCAACGCUAAUGAAUAUCCUGGCAGGAUACAGAGAAACAGGAAUGAAGGGGGAAGUUCAAAUUAAUGGACAGCCGAGAGACCUGCGCACAUUCCGCAAAGUGUCCUGUUACAUCAUGCAGGAUGACAUGCUGCUGCCCCACCUCACAGUGCAGGAGGCCAUGAUGGUCUCUGCCCACCUGAAGCUCCAAGAAAAAGAUGAAGGCAGAAGAGAAAUGGUGAAAGAGAUCCUGACAGCUCUGGGCUUGCUGUCUUGCGCUAACACCAGGACGGGCUGUCUCUCUGGGGGUCAGAGGAAACGGCUGGCCAUUGCUUUGGAGUUAGUGAACAAUCCCCCGGUUAUGUUUUUUGAUGAACCCACCAGUGGUCUGGACAGCUCCUCCUGCUUCCAGGUGGUCUCUUUAAUGAAGUCGCUGGCUCAAGGUGGACGGAAUAUCAUCUGCACCAUUCACCAGCCCAGUGCCAAGCUGUUUGAGCUCUUUGACCAGCUUUAUGUAUUAAGUCAGGGACAAUGCAUCUACCGUGGGAAAGUGCUGAAUCUCGUCCCCUACCUGCGAGUCCUUGGAUUAAACUGCCCAACCUAUCACAACCCGGCGGAUUUCAUAAUGGAAGUGGCCGCUGGAGAGUAUGGAGACCAGAACCCCCGGCUGGUCCGAGCCGUACAGGACACGUGUAUUACGGAGCUGAAGAUGGACCAUUGUGGGGAGAAUGAGCCCAACCCAUUCAUGUGGCACAAACCAGCUGAUGAGGACGCUUCACCCACCGAAGGAUGUCACAGCUUCUCAGCCAGCUGUCUCACCCAGUUCUGUAUCCUAUUCAAGAGAACCUGUCUUAGUAUUAUGAGGGACUCGGUGCUGACCCACCUCCGUAUCACAUCGCACAUAGGGAUCGGACUGCUCAUAGGAUUAUUGUAUCUUGGAAUUGGAAAUGAGGCGAAAAAAGUCCUGAGCAACUCAGGUUUCCUCUUCUUCUCGAUGCUCUUCCUGAUGUUUGCUGCCCUCAUGCCAACAGUCCUCACCUUUCCACUUGAAAUGGGAGUGUUUCUCAGAGAACAUCUCAACUAUUGGUAUAGCCUGAAGGCGUACUACUUAGCCAAAACGAUGGCGGACGUCCCCUUCCAGAUAAUGUUCCCUGUAGCGUACUGCAGCAUUGUGUACUGGAUGACGGCACAGCCUUCGGACGCAGUGCGGUUUGUUUUGUUUUCCGCCCUCGGUACAAUGACAUCGCUGGUGGCGCAGUCUUUAGGCCUCCUCAUAGGUGCCGCAUCCACUUCAUUGCAGGUGGCGACCUUUGUGGGUCCAGUGACUGCCAUCCCAGUUCUCCUCUUUUCAGGAUUCUUUGUUAGCUUUGACACUAUUCCUACCUAUCUUCAGUGGAUGUCUUACAUGUCCUACGUCAGAUAUGGAUUUGAAGGGGUGAUACUAUCCAUUUAUGGACUGGACAGAGAGGAUCUGCACUGCGACAAGGGAGAAACAUGCCAUUUCCAGAAGUCGAAAGCCAUUUUGAAGGAACUUGAUGUGGAGAACGCCAAACUCUACCUAGACUUCAUCAUCCUUGGAGUCUUCUUUGUCGCGCUGCGUCUCAUAGCCUAUUUCGUACUCCGAUACAAAAUCCGGGCAGAGAGAUAAAAAUCCGGCAUGGCAGCAAGUCACUCAGUCUAGUUAUUACAAGAAAACUGCAGAGGAACUGAUUUGUCCUACUACACCGUCCAAAGCGAUGGCCGAUUGUGGGGAUGCCACCAAGACCUAACUUUCCUUAUUGGGUUAGAAUUUUUGUUGGGAAAACUUCACUAAGCCUGCAGAGAUUUUUCUUGGGCCAUUUUCUAAAGAACACUUUCUAGAUUUACCUAGGAAGAAAUAAGAGGGAAUUGUAGAAUUUGGACUGUAGACGUUUCUUGAAGACUUCAGACUUGGAGGUUGACCUUGAUUUACAAAGUCCUAAAAUACUCUUGCAGCUAAAGACUGUGCUACGGGUUAUGUUAUAAUCUGGAGGCUCGCUCCUGUGGAUGUCUAUAAGAUUCCAUCAAUGUGUAAGUUUUACUUAUCUGCAAGACGUCUUUUGCAUCUCUUGUCAAGUUUGCAGUAAGCCAUCUUGACAAGGCUGCCCUUAUUAUCUAAGCUAGGAUUUUGUGUUUGUUUCUACAGAGCUGGUCUCGCAUUUAAGAAAAGUAACUGUACUAACCUCAGAUUUUUUUUUUCCCCUCAAAAAUCUUGUUAUAAAGUCCCUUUUGCAAAUUUUUGGUUUAGCUUAGCUGGGUGGAUCUUACCAAAAUUGUGACCAAUGGGUGAUGACAAAAGAAGUCCAAAAACUGUGGCCGAUGAGUAAAUGAGCCACGUUAAUAAGUGAUAAUUCCUGGAGGUCAACAAUGUAAAACUUGUUUGGAAAACCAGACCACCAAAGUAUAUAUCAUGUCACUUGUCUGUCACCUAACUUCUGCCACUGAAUUCAUAUGGACGUGGGUUCCUUUUUAUUAUAUUUUGAUACCACAGGGAAGUUUUUAUUGCGUUGGGUUAUUACCAAAAUCAACUAUCCUAUUAUUAUGUCACUCAGUAUUUAAAAAAUCGUGGGAUAAAAGUAUGCACAAUCCAUCCACACCUCACAUUUUUCCUGUUUGCCCCAUCCCUUCAUAUCCCAUAUGCCCCAUCCCUUCAUAUCCCAUAUUUGCACUCAAAAGCCAUAUGGUUUUAGCUCUACAGAAAAUAUCUGAACCAUCUUCCAGCUAUGUAGGAGCAAAUGAUUCACCACCUAUUCCUCCUCCCAUGUGAUGGAACUGGUACUCGGUGAUUGGCUCAGAGCUGUCACAUAGGCAAAUUAAAUUACAGUGGAACCUCGGAUUAUGAGCAUAAUCCUUUCCAGGAGAAUGCUCGUAAUCCAAAGUACUCGAAUA